AUGAUAGCCAGCAAACGGAAGAAGACUCAGAUUAAGAAGCGACCUGUUUGUAGAACCACCAGCCAUGCUACAGACAGCUUCAUGUUACAAGAAGAAGAAGAAGAAGAAGAAGAAGAAGAAGAAGAAGAAGAAGUAAAGUGGAGGAGUUGUCUGAUUAUGGUUGACAUUAUCCCGCUUCAGAGGCUUUAG